AUGCCGCUGGAGAACCUAGAGGAGGAGGGUCUGCCCAAGAACCCCGACCUGCGCAUCGCGCAGCUGCGCUUCCUGCUCAGCUUGCCCGAGCACCGCGGGGACGCGGCCGUGCGCGACGAGCUGAUGGCGGCCGUCCGGGAUAAUAGUGAGAACGAGGAAGAGUUGAAACGUUUGGACGAGGAGCUGGAAGAUGCGGAGAAGAAUCUGGGAGAGAGCGAAAUCCGGGAUGCCAUGAUGGCCAAGGCCGAGUACCUGUGCCGGAUAGGCGACAAGGAGGGUGCUCUGACAGCCUUUCGCAAGACAUAUGACAAAACUGUGGCCUUGGGUCACCGACUGGACAUUGUGUUCUAUCUUCUUAGGAUUGGAUUAUUUUAUAUGGAUAAUGAUCUCAUCACACGAAACACAGAGAAGGCCAAAAGCUUAAUAGAGGAAGGAGGAGAUUGGGACAGGAGAAACCGCCUAAAGGUGUAUCAAGGUCUUUACUGUGUGGCUAUUCGUGAUUUCAAACAGGCAGCUGAACUCUUCCUUGACACAGUUUCAACAUUCACAUCCUAUGAACUUAUGGAUUAUAAGACCUUUGUGACUUAUACUGUCUAUGUCAGCAUGAUUGCCUUAGAAAGACCAGAUCUCAGGGAAAAGGUGAUUAAAGGAGCCGAGAUCCUCGAGGUGCUUCAUAGCCUUCCAGCGGUCCGGCAGUACCUGUUUUCACUCUAUGAGUGUCGGUACUCCGUUUUCUUCCAGUCCUUAGCUAUUGUGGAACAGGAAAUGAAAAAGGACUGGCUUUUUGCUCCUCACUAUCGAUACUAUGUAAGAGAAAUGAGAAUUCAUGCAUACAGCCAGCUGCUGGAAUCCUAUAGGUCAUUAACUCUUGGCUAUAUGGCAGAAGCCUUUGGUGUUGGUGUGGAAUUCAUUGAUCAGGAGCUGUCCAGAUUUAUUGCUGCAGGGAGACUACACUGCAAAAUAGAUAAAGUAAAUGAAAUAGUGGAGACCAACAGGCCUGAUAGCAAGAACUGGCAGUACCAAGAAACUAUCAAGAAAGGAGAUCUACUACUAAACAGAGUUCAGAAACUUUCCAGAGUAAUUAAUAUGUAAAACCAUGUAAACAAAGGAUUUCCUUUAGAGAUAACUAUUUGGAAUUUUUAUAGCUUACUUUACUAUGUACCCAGUUCAACUGUAUAAAAUAAAUACUGCAUUGUUGUUUC